CUCCAACAAUUCUCGUCAACUGAACCAAUUGCACAAAGUAAUCGACAGGGUCUCGGGGUCGGGUCCGAUCUGAGCCAACGCCCCCCACGAGAGCCCAGUGCAGGCGGGUUUCGUAGCGUCGACGAGUUUCAAGGCACGACCAACGCCCACCGUACUGCGGACUCACGAGGGUGCAGGAGGGAGGGGGGCGCCAGGCGGGCUGACUGACUGACUGACCUGGCUGCGAUAAAGGCUGCUCGAGUCCCCAGCCAUUCGCUCCGUCUUGUGACGAGGAGGCGUCCUUCCCCUGCCAACCUUUUGCAUUCAAGAUUUCGCUUUUUUUUGAUCCGCCCUCUUUUUCCAUCUGCGUCAGUUUCUGUCCUUUCCAGCUCGUCCAUUGCCAGCGCCCUUGCACCACCCGCGUCUACACCUACAGGGGCGGUGAGACCUGGGGGGGCCCGCCGAGGUUCCCAAACGCGACCGAGCACACAAACAUACCGGCGAACCGACUGGAGGCGUCUUGCGCUUUCCAUCAUGCACGCUACGCGUUUCGACCGUCUCGUCUCCUUUUUCGAAAUCGCCGCGCCUGCUCGCACAAUGGCGGCCUUUCACCGCAGCCUCUCCACGCUCGACGAGGGAAAAGUCCUCAACAUUAUAUGGGUGGCCAUCAUUGGGCUCGAAAUCAUGAUGGUGCUUGGCGUCGCCGUCAAGAGUCUGGUCCGACGGUUCAGCUACCACAGCCGGCACAAACCGGGACCGAUUGCUUUAUGAACCCAACAACCACCGACCACGACCGGACAUGAUUCACGAUUAUGGAAAGCCUCAUUCGUUGAUUUCGAAGCAUUUGUUUUCGCACGCGCUUUGGAUGCGUUUUUUUACUUCUUCCUCUCUUUCCGUUCCCUCUUUCAGGGUUUCUAUGGCAUAGCGGCACGGCGUUUGAAUGGGUUUCGAGG